AUGAGUCUUCAAUCAUUGAUAGAUGAGUUUAUUAAGUUGGACGAGUUUUCAUCACCUUCAAAGGACCUUAUAACGUCAAUUCUUCUUAACCCUGAGGUCCCACUUUCACUUCAGCUUAGAGCACUUUACUACUGCAGGGAUCUUCCCGAGGAAGAUUGUUCCAAAAUUCUAAUUUCAGCUCUCGAUGUUCAUUUUGACACUUUUAUGAGACAUGAGAUCGCAUACGUUAUUGGCCAAUCUGGCUGUUUUAGUGCCUCUAAGAAACUCGCUGAACUUGUAGAAGAUGUGACUGAGGAUCCCAUGGUCCGACAUGAAGCUAUUGAGGCUCUAGCUGCACUAAAAUCCAAAGAUCAUAUUCAUCUCAUAAAGAAGUAUUGUGAUGAUGAGAACAGAGCAGUUAGGGAUACUUGUAACUUGGCAUUACAUACGUUGAUAAAUGCUGAGGACUCGAACACUGAGGGUUGUACCUCAUUUCCAAUUUCCUCUUCACCUUACAGAGCUAUUGAUCCAGUGCGAACAGACUCAGUGGAUGAGUCCGACCUGAAUUCACUAUCCGAAAUUCUAUUCAAUCAGUCAUUACCACUAUAUAAGAGAUAUGAGGCGUUGUAUAAAAUUAGAGGAAUUUCAGGAGAUGAAGCGGCUAAGAUAAUAGGAGAAGCUCUGGUUAAAGAUAAGGUUUCGGAAGUAUUUAGGCAUGAGUGUGCGUUUGUGCUUGGACAAAUGCAAUCAGUAGCUCCAGUUAAGUCACUGAUCGAGUGUUUAAGGAACAGAAAUGAGGAGCCUAUGGCAAGGCAUGAAGCUGCUCUUGCACUGGGCUCAUGCGCCUCACUUUAUUGCCAAGAACAAACGGAGGGGUUUGAAGAUUGGGAAAAGUUGAUUGUUGAGGUUUUGGAGGAGUUUCUUCAGGACGAAGUUAAGGUCGUCUCUGACAGCUGUUUAGUUGCCAUGGAUUAUAUAAAUGAAAGUAAACACGAGCUAACUGCACACUAA